CAGUACCAGAACUCUGGCAACCAGCGACAGCAUUGUGUCUUCUUGGCGAAGAGAUUGAGCGAGGGAAAGGAUAGGCAGGACGGUGAAAGAUAGAGAAAGACAGACAGAGAGAGGGAGAGAGACGAGAUUGACAUAUGGACAGGGGGUGAUGGCGGAGACCCGCACCUUCCAUCUCCACGUUUUGAGUGUGUCUUCGUUCAAAGGAGCAACUUCCAAUCAAAAAAAACCCAUACAUCUACGUUUCCCAGUCGCUUGGCCUCGCUCUGACUUCUUCUCUUUGUAAAUGUUUUUUUCUUUGAAUAUUUAUAAUUAUUUAUAAAUGUUUAAGAAUAUGAGCAGUGGUAUCAGACAGCGUGGCUCCAACUCUGACCUCAUAAGUUGACAGACAGACGCUGACAGGCUGCAGUGGAGUGUGAGCGACUUAAAGGAGGAGGGAGAGGACGCUAAACACUGAGCAGAUACAUGUGCGUUCUCCGACCACUCGAACUCUGAGGGAUUUUGUACGCCAUACUCACGAGCCACAGUGGAUGUCAUGAUGUAUAUGGAUGAGACACAGACUUGCAGCACGCACGCUGGGCAGCUGAGAAGAGCAACACCUUGACAGUGACGGAGUUUCCUUCAGAGACUUCACCACCAUGAUGGAGAAGCUGAACUCCACUGGCCCGCCUGCCUCACCCCACGACAUACCUCGCCCCUCCUCCUCUUCUUCAUCCUCUGCCUCCUCACCAUCGUGUGCAUCCAUGGAGCAUAGCAGCCCUCUCUACAGCCAACAGUCAGCAUCCUUGGAUGCUAUCGGCAGCCCACAACCCACUAACAAGACAGGGCACAAGGGACACACGGAUGUCCCUACUCCUGGCUUGACACAAGCCCUCAUCACCCCAAACACAGUGUUAACCAAUCACCAAGCAGAUACAACUGCUGCACCUGAGCCCAUUGCCAUGGAAACGGAGGAAGAAGAGGAUGAGGAAAAACUAGGGGGGCCAAAGAGCACCACUGCUCCUGCUGCUUCAGCCAACGGGUCCCCAACUCUUUCCUCGCCACCUCCACUCCUCCCGGCACCAGCAAAGACUUCCCCGUGCCUUCUUCCCCCUCCAACCUCCACAGCUGCCUUCCCUUCAUCCUCAUCAUCCUCUCCUCUUCCUCCUCACAUUCCAGUUAUCAGCCUUGGCCACAGCAAGCCCCCACUGCCACUCCCAAAUACCCCUUUGACUGCCCUCCACCCAAUUCCCAAUCUCCUACAUGGGCCACAUGGAGACAUUCGCCGCGGCCAUUUGAACUGUUUACCUGUGGUCAGCCCUGGAGCUUCUGGAUCUACUGGAGGUCCCGUAGGUCCCACAGCUGCUUCUUCAGGGCCCCUGUUGCCUCAUCAGUACCUGCCUGGUCACCCCUUCUUCACUAGUUCGUACCUGGGUUCUUCAGGAGGAAGCUAUGGUGUCAUCAGCAACAACCGCAUCAAGAGGAGACCCUCCUCGCACUAUGAGAUGGAGAUGAAUGAAUGCCCUCCCCAAAAACUCGCCCGCCGCGUCUUCACCAACAGCCGUGAACGCUGGCGACAGCAGAACGUCAACGGGGCUUUCUCGGAGCUGAGGAAACUCAUUCCCACGCACCCACCCGACAAGAAACUCAGCAAGAACGAAAUCCUCCGCCUGGCCGUGAAGUACAUCAACUUCCUGGUCACACUGCUCAAUGACCAGGAUCAAGACAAGAGCAGGGACUCGGCUGAGGAUGAUGUGGAGGAUGAGAGCAUGGCUCCUGGUUUGGCAGGCAAAAAACUGAACCCUCGUUUUCAGUGCAACACUCCGCCGCCAUCCCACUCUGCCCUGCCUGCGUCAGCCCGUCCCGCUUUGGCGUUAGCCCACAGAGACAGAGACUCAACUGACUCAAUCAGUGCCCUGGCUAAUUCCCCAGCAACGUCCAGUUGCUAUGGAGACACGGACAGUGAAGAAAGCUUUGGUGCUAAGACCUCUUUGGUGACCCAAGGCAUUCUGGGAAAGGUCAAGAGCCAGAUAGGGAUGGUGGCAGCAUCGAAUGAUGAGCGGUGACACCAAAAGGCAGCAAACACUGGGAGUUUAAAUGCCAGGCAGAGACGGAGAUAUCAAAAGUGUUUGAUCAAUUGCAGAAAGGUGUGAAUAAGUUUUAAAAAAAGAGGGGUUUUUUAAAAUGAAUUUUGCAGGUUUGAGAGCUUCUUUGUCUUUUCUGGCAAUGUUGAUUGUGAAGCUGUCAUUUAGUGAAACACCAAACUGUGCUUUGAGGAAGGCUGAGACAUGAAACUUAACAGAACACUCAAACCAGCUUCAUAUCCAAAUAUGGUAACAAUGAUCCUUUAAUAAACAUUAUACAGCUAAAACAGUAGAAGAAGAAAGACACGAAACAGGGCCCUGAUUACACGUGCUUAUAAAAGUAAUCCGGGGAAUUUAAAAUCUUCUUAGCAAAUGGAUAAAAAUGGAAGAUCUGUCAGAAAAAAAGCAUGAAAAUCAAAUAUUUUGUCAGUCUCUGAAGUUUACGUGUAAAUAAUCAGCCUUGCCUCAGUGCAGUUAUGGUAACUUAAGAGUGCCUGCAGAGAAAUGCAUUGCAUGCAGUGGUGAUUUGACGUUGCCGUUUCUUAAUGUCCUCGCUGCUCUAAUUGUCUGAAAAGCAGGGCCGAUGGUUCCGCCCUGACAUUGUGACACACUUGUAAGAGACAGAAAUAAAGUGUGUUUUAGUUUGCUGUUCCUUA